AUGGCAGUGUGUGCACUGACCAUGCUGGACGGGAUGGGAGGUGAUGCCACAGUGGUAGGCGGUGCCUUCCUGGUGGCCCUGGCGCUAGUCCUUGCGUGGCUCUCAACACACGUAGCUGAGCGCGGCGACCAUAUCCUGGGCACCAUCCUGACAGCGGGCACGCACGCCUCCCUCAUCAGUGUGGGAGGGGACACGGGCAGUAACACCCAGGCGGAUGCCCCCGAACAGACAGUUGCCAGCCCACCGGCGCUUGAGAAUAAGCCGGAUGACGGCGAGGCUGACGAAGGGGCACCACCUGAGGAUGCAGAGUUGCUGCUAGACAUUCAGAGCAAGGCGCCACAGGGGGGAAACAUUCACGCUUCGGAUGACGAGGAGGAUGAAGAUUACGAUGAGGAGCUAGAGGAGGGAUGUAAAAAAGACAUGGGCACAUCCAUCACUCCAUCCUUUUGUGUACGACUCAAGUUUUUAAACGACACAGAGGAAGUGGCAGUCGUCAAGCCUCACCACACUGUAGACCAACUCAAAAGUAAGUACUUCUCUGGGCGUGAGCAUCAGAUCAAGCUGAUCUACCAAGGCCAACUCCUGCAGGACUCCAAGAGGACUCUUCUUUCCCUCAACGUGACUCACAACAGCGUCAUUCACUGUCACGUCUCGCAGGCUCCGAAUGACCCAAGCCCAGAGGCGGGAGACUCGGGUUCCCUCCAGGGAGCGGCAGCAGUCUCUGGUGGCCUACGGCCGGCGGGCGUGGUCCUCAGCACGAGCAGCCUGGUGGUACCAGUGUUCGUGGUGAUCCUGGCUGUGGUGUGGUACUUCCGCAUCAACUACCGCCAGUUCUUCACCGCACCCGCCACUAUCUCACUGGUCGGCGUCACCGUGUUCUUUAGCUUCCUCAUCUUUGGCAUGCACAGCCGCUGA